GCUUUUUUCGGGCCACUCGUCGUCUAUUUAGAUUGAGUUGGCUUUUCUUCACAGCUCUGACUUGGUCGCCUUUGCCAUGGCUGGGCCGUUGCCCGAUGCUGCUGGCCAUCCUGGCCAUCGUCCUAGUCGAGGGCGUCGACCCCAGGUCGGGCAGGUGCAGUGUGCCGAUUCCAAAUGCCUUCAGCUGCAAAGACCUGGACGUUUGGCGAACAUUCUUGGAGCUCUUUCAAGCAAAUGCGCAGCAAGGCUUUCCGGUGGACGGCGAGCUCUUUGACAUCGCGGAUUGGCUCGUGGUGCAGUUCCAGACCAAGCCCUUCGAGGCUCACCCACCUGAAGGCUUCUUCAACUACCUCUGCGGUGGUUCAGAUGAGAAGUGGCCCCUGCCGAACCAGUUCUGCUUGAUGGGCUACGUGGCCGCGCUCUUCGUCCGUGCCCGGCACCUCAUGGCCAUGGGCGCCGCUGGCGAUGCGGAUGCCAUGACAUCGGCGAAUGCGGAUUUGUCCUACAUCGAGCCCAUCCUCGGGAAGGAGAUCAGCCUGGACUAUUUGGACUCCUCCCCCUGGCCCAUCAGCAUUCUGGACGUCUUCCUCAACAUCAACCAGACGGAGUUCAUGACCUAUGAGCAAUAUGCAGCCAAACAUCCUGUGCGAGCCCACGCUGUGCCUUUGGAAUCGAUUCAUUGGCAGCCACCGGGUGACAUCGUUCAAAGGCUCUCCGGUGCCGUUCCGGCGGAGAUGGCCGUUCCGGCGGAGAUCGCCGUGGCCGUGUUCGGGACCCACGCCACGCUGAGCCUCGAGCCGGUGGAUAUGCUGGGCCGAGCCCAGAGGAGGUUUAAGAUCAAGGCCACCUUCUUUGGCAUUGAGCCCCGGUGGUGCGAGCUCCUGGGACUGUGCGACCUGGGCGCCAGCGAGGUCACACAGCUGCUGCGGAAGGCCGAGGAGGACCCCUUCGCCUAUCCGUGGGAGAUGAUGUCGCAGCACCUGACGCAGGUGCCCCUGGCACGUUAUGCGCUGCUGCUCUGCACCGAGCCAGUGGCUGGCUGCCUGAUGUUGCGAAGGCUGAGCCUGCAGAUGGGGCAGCCCCUGCCCAUGCUGGGCUACUUUGGUGUGGCUUUGCUGAAUGGCUGCCCUCCCCAGGACGUGCCCACCUUUUGGCAGCACUGGGGCGAGCUCUUUGCGGAGUCUCCGAGCCGCGCGGUGCUGGCCACGAACAACUUGAUCUUGUCGGAGCAGCGCCUCGGACCCCGCGGUCCUUCAUCCAGAGGGCUCCAUCCGCCUCCGGGGUUCCGUCUGUGGUGGUGGAAGGAGGCGGGAACCGCCGAGUCGUUGGACACAUCGCCUGUUGAAGCACCAGAACCUGCCGCUGUCAAAAGCCAGCCUGUGGCAUUGAUGGUUUCUCUUCAACGAUCUUCUACCAGACUGGGCGUCGCCUGCCCUACGUGCGGGCGCAGGGGCUGUAUACUGAGGUGGUCUAUUCCCCGCAGCUGGUUGACCAGAUCCUCUUCUGGAGGUCUCCGCUCUUUGCCUAUGCCACCUUGCGCUGUGCCAUCGCUCGGUUCCUGGAAGGCCUUCCGCAGUAUCCUCUGAACUUCUACUUCCUUCAGGGGAGUGAAAGUGUGCCCUACAAGAAGGCGGUGAGCUUCCGUGCCGCGGCCUUGCUGCCACAGGAUCAUGCCCUCAUGUCCUUCUACGAGCUGUACUCUGCCAACCUCCCGCUGCUCCUGCCCUCUGCUGAGUGGAUGUACCGGUUGCUCUACAUGCGGGGGCAGCUCUCUGUUGGGGAACGCCGCUUUGGCCGCGGCAAGGCGGUGGUGCAACGGUGGUGCAACGGUGGUGCUCUGGGUGAAACGACCGUUGGUCAGAUGUCAGGUCUUCAAACACACGGACCUUUGCCGGGGAACUCCGAGCCCAGUAAAGUGGAAGAGAAUGGCUACUUUUUUUACUGCACACGCCUUAGACAUCUGUUUGUAGCAGCAUUGCAUCUAAUUACUAAUUACUCAUGCGUUCGCUGUCGGUUUCCGAAAUCUGGUCCCAUUUCUGCCUCCUCAUUAAAACAAGCAAGCAAAGGUUCAACCGUCUCCAUGAACCAAUUAGGUAUGGGAUCUGAUUUCGGAUUGCCGGGUUGGCUAACUGCCACCACCGCCGCUAGCGCUUUACAAAAACCAGCGGGGUACUCUUUCAGGAUAGCAGUCUUCCAACCACCUUCGCUGUUCCUGCCUAUGCUGACUUCCUGCGGGAGCGCUGUAGUCCUCGCACUCAAAAGAAUCUGCUCAGCAGAUUCAUCGCAGUUUGCCAGCAGAAGACUUGUGGGUUUUGCUGACCUAGCGCCAAAGUGGCCUUGAAGGACCCUUUGCUGUGAGCACCUUGGGAACACCUGAGUGGUGUACGGAUCAAGGCCGUACGCCAGAUUGCAACUUCGUCUGGCCUCUCCUCAUUCGGUGCUGGAUGCUCGACAAUGGCGGUAGCACCAUUCACAAGUGCAACGCAGAACAGUCGCAUGGUAACGCCUAAAAGCCUACUCCCAAAGCUGACCUGCACAUCUUCUUGCAAGGUCAGGCAUCGUCGACCAAAAGGCGAUUCAUUGGACCUGACAAUGCGCGGCCCUGUUUCGCCGCUGGAGAGUUGCUUUCCCCUUGCCCUGCUCCACGUUUCGCAGGGCGGUCCUACAAGGAAACCGCAAACUAUGCCUUGCUCAAUUGCUUUUUUGAAACGGUCGAAAGUGUCGGGGUUGCAUAAAUCGCCAGCUUCGGCAUGGUAUAUAAUAUCAAUAGAUAUAGCUUGCAUACCUAAGGCAUCAAGGCACAUCUGUAGAUCAUCUUGUCUUCGUCUUCCCGAGAAAAAAUGUGCGAAUAAAACGGGCCGAUAUUUUGGCAGCUUAUAGCGCACAAAGGCGAAUGCUGAGAGAAUGGCUAAAG